UUCUGGCAGCAGCAAGAGAAAGUUUCAGAGCUUCAGGAAUCUGGCAGAUGCACUGUCUUCUUAGGGCUUUGGGAAGCACAGUAUUAUUUGCAGACUCACGUUCCACCUUUCUCCCAAGAGUUUUGAUGUUUGCAAUGGAUCAUCCUAACACAACGCAGUCCAUGCUUGCUUCUGAGAACUCUGGCUCUGUGGCUUCCCUGUCUGAGAAGAAUGGCGGUAAUGGAAAUGAGUACUUUUAUAUCCUGAUUGUGAUGUCCUUCUAUGGAAUCUUUUUAAUUGGAAUCAUGCUGGGCUACAUGAACUCCAAGAGGAAAGAAAAGAAAUCCAACUUGCUGCUGCUUUAUAAAGAUGAGCAGAGGGAAUGGGGACAAGCUAUGAAACCUCUGCCAACAGUCUCAGGACUGAGGUCCGUCCAGUUUCCCAUGAUGAUCAGUAUGCUGCAAGAGAGCAUGGUGCCAGCUUUUUCCUGCACCCUGUGUUCUGUGGAGGGUAGCAGUGAAUCUUCCUUGCCAGAUGUUCACCUCACUAUUGAAGAAGAAAUUCCUACUGAUGAACCAGGAGAGUCGGCUGCAACAGCCCUCCUCAAUGACAGUAGCGAGGGCUCUUCAGAAAGCAUCCAUCAACAUUCCUAGCACUUCCAAGCUCUGAAGACUCAGCGUCUUUUGAAAAACUAGAAUCGGUUUUGCCUCCUGCUUUGGUCCAUCCAUCACCAGGAUGGGCCAUUUUGUUGUUGGAAGAUGGAAAGAAAAGCAGUAAGCCCAAAUAUAAUGUAAAAUAGAAUGGCUUGGUUAUUUGAGUCAGAGGGGCUUUUUUUCUCCCCAGGAAACACCCUGGCCUUCCCUCAGCUUACUUUUGAAUGUACAAAUGUGGAAGUAGUGGUGAAAUCCACAUGAAUAUUUUACCCUGUUAAACUGUUAAAUGCCUCAACAAGACUUCCCUAGGCUAAAAGUGGCUAAACAGUAAUAAUGCAAUGCAAAAAGCCAAUCUUUGUGUCACUUAGUGGCUAAGCAGCAGCACACUUGAAUGAAUUCCUAACUUUCAGAUACAUAUAGUUGUAUAGAAGAAGUAAGUUCAUACAGCUAUCUGAGCAACAACUGCUUCUGAAGUGUUUAUACCAUUUGUGGUAUUUAUACUAUUAGAGACAGUGAUCACAACUUAUAGGGCCUUUCAGGCUUCUUUCAUUUUUAAUAUAACUGGGAAGGGGAGAUACUAGUGAAAUGGCAUGAAACAACAGCACUUGUGGCUUCCCAGUCUAUAAAAACAAACACAAUCACUGAAAAACAUUUUAAAUUAAUUAUUUGUUUACCCCAGUGGAAUGGCUGUGGAAGUAUCCAUUCUCAUCCAUUCCCUAAUGUAGAUUUCUAGAUCAGUAAGUCAUUGUACAAAACUGAUAGUUUGGUUCUGUUUAUCAGCUCAACAUUUCUCUUUAUUCUGAAUGGGUCCUGAAUCAUGAAAUGAGCAUGGCCUAUAAUUCUCAAUUCAGAUAUAUUCUACUAGAGGCAUGCCUGGUAUGACCACUCAGAUGCUCUUGGUUAGCAGCUGUCAUCAUUCCAGCUCUUCAUUGAUCCAUAAUGAGUAUAAAACAUUGAUCAUCAAUAUGUUAUGUUUCUAGUUCUGGAUUUCUGGUUCAAUCAAAAUGUAUUCAUUUUAGAAAGUAUUCUAAACCAUAGCUCAGCUAUUUUUGAUGACCAUUUGCCACAGUAUUUUACAAGUACUUGUAUUAUAUUGGUUUAAAUGUUAUAUAAUGUUUAAAAGGUUAUAACAAUGAUCCCUAAAAUUCAUUACUUCCAUGAUGCAUUGCAUUUAACAUCAAGAUUGGACUUACAAUCAUGAGAACAGAAACAUUGCCAAAACUGUGAGUUUUCCAAGUUAAAUAGCGCAGAAAGAUAUGCAUUGCCAUGGGAUACAGUCUGUAAAAACAGAAAAGGGAAUAGGCAUAUAUGAGGCAAAAGUCCUACUUUUCACUUCUAUUUUAAGGCCUUGGUUCUAAUUUCAGUCUGAACAGAGCUAAUCAACUGCCAUUGAUCAAAGAAAAUGGUCACUUUGUCUGUCUGAUGUCACCAGGAUCAUUAUGUUAUAGGAACCUUGUUUUGUUUGUUCAUUGAUGACUGGGUACAAAUCUCAUUAUAUACAAUGGAUAUAUUGCUAUUAACUUUGCUGAUUGUCCUGUGAGAACAAACUUGGGGUUACUAUAUUACAAGAAGAACUGUUUUCAUUAUUCAUAGAUGCCAAAUUAUUUUUGGCAUUUUGCCUGGAAUAACUUGAAUUCUGAAAUUGUAUAAUUCAAAAUGAUAUAUGGGUUGAUAUAUUUUUCCAUUGCUUUUUCUUCAUUUAUUUUGAAACAAACCUAUUUGUGACUCUCUAUCCUUUUCAGUUUGCUUCAAAAGACAGUUGUGUAUAUACUUUGAUACCACACUGUAUAUAUUUGAACUGUAUUUAAAUAUGAUUUUUUUCUCUCACUAACACUCAUUUUUAUUUAAAUAAAAAGAUAACUUUUUGUUUUUUUUUACGGGAUGUUUAUUCAAUGAGUAAGGAUUCUGUGAGCCACUUCCUGGUAAUUUCCCAUACUCCACACUGGAGUUAUGGGAACAGGUUUGCUGUAAGUGGCAAAAUCAACUGUCACUCUUCCAACAGAUACCAUCCACCCAGAUAAUCAUAGGAACAUUUCAGACUACUUUGUGCUUUAACUCUAUAACAAGUGUACUGUCCAAAACAAA